CGGGAAUUGCAACCAAAACAGUAAACAGCACUGAGACGUUUGCGACUGCCGUUGAGAAACAGCAAUGUUACAGCCAGAAAGCGCUCAGAUUACGUUAGAUGUUUCAGAAAAGCGCAACUAUGAACAUUACACGUCACAACUUUCACAGGAGGAAAAUCCGUUUAACUUCAGCCCUCAGCUCAUUUACCUUCACAAGGAUCACGAGCUGUUUGAGGAUGGAGACGUUGAGAGACACAUGUACCUUCAAGACCUUUAUAUUUCAGAGGCUGACGACGACAAACAAACGCCCAGUGCGUCAGAGUUUGCCUGUCACAUCUCCGGCUGCAACGUGGUCCACAGCACUUUAGAGGAGUAUGAGCACCACUACAAUUCCUUACACAGAAACGUGUGCUCCAUAUGCCGACGCUCACUGCCCACUGCUCGUCUCCUGGACGUCCACAUUCAGGAGUGGCACGACUCAGUCUUCAUGGUUCUGGCGCAGCGGCAAGACAUGUACCAGUGUUUGGUGGAGGGCUGUGAACACAAAUUCAGGACGAGCACACUCAGGAAGGACCACCUGGUACGAAGUCACAAGUACCCCCCAGACUUCAGAUUUGACAAACCAAAAAAAGAGAAAGGACCUCGAGAAACAAAGCAGCAGCUGCUGAUGGACACAGCGAUGGAAGUAGUGGACAACGCGAGUGAGGUUCUUUGUGAAGAGCAUCCCAAACGGGCAGAUCAGGAGGAAUCCAUGGAGAUGGCCACGACAGAGACCCACUUGACCGAAAAAGGCGCCUCGCGUGCGGACCGAGCAGCAGGUCACAACUCAAAUGACCAGCAUCUGAAAUCACGAUUUUCCAACAGGGUUCCUUCUAAUGUGUGCUUUGGUCACGGCUCCAUCCGAAGCUUCAGAGGUCAUAAAGGAAGGAGGAAAUGAAACCGCUUUAAAAAUCGCAAAUAUAUGCUCACUUUUGCCUUUUAAGUUUAUAUAACAAUAAAUAAACUAUUCCUCUUUCA